ACAGUGCUAGAUUCAGCGAUGGCUUUCUCGAAUGAGUUGCGGUAAACGUUAGAAAGUUAUGAAAAUAACUACGGUUUAGUAGUAUAUUGCGGAGUGCAAAAUAGACAGAUGGUGCAAUAAAAACAUUAUUUAGCUUCCUGUCACCUGACGCGCCUCUGUGUCGUAGCAGUCACGCCGUCGCGUGCGUUUGCGUAAAGCUGGUGCUCCGGUUUCCCUGGCGGAGAAGAUGGCGGCUCCUGGACCGGGGGAGUAUUUUAGUGUCGGGAACCAUGUCUCUUGCCUCACCUGUUUAGGCCAACGAUUGCAGGGAGAGGUGGUGGCUUUCGACUACCCGUCCAAGAUGUUGACUCUAAAAUGCCCUUCCUCCAGUGGUAAGCCCAACCUCAGUGAUGUCAUCCUGAUUAACUUAGCCUAUGUUUCAGACGUGGAUAUAAUUAAUGAUCGCACUGAGACUCCACCUCCUCUAGCAUCCUUGAAUGUUAGCAAGCUUGCCAGCCGGGCGAGGACGGAAAAAGAAGAUAAAUUAUCCCAAGCCUAUGCAAUCAGUGCUGGGGUGUCUGUUGAGGGCCAGCAACUAUUCCAGACUAUACACAAAACCAUCAAAGAUUGUAAAUGGCAGGAGAAAAACAUCAUUGUGAUGGAUGACGUUGUAGUCUCACCACCAUACCAGGUGGAGAACUGCAAAGGCAAAGAGGGAAGUGCUCUAAGUCAUGUACGCAAAAUUGUCGAGAAACAUUUUAAAGAUGCAGAAAGCCAGAAGUCGAUGCCGCGUACACAAGCACAGCAAACACAGAAGGACUCGUCUUUAUCCUCCUGAGUAGAGGGGUGUGGUUCACCUGGGGAGGGCACUACGGGCACCAAGGGCCUGUCAGCUGGUUGAAACCAGCACUCUACUCCCCCUCUGCGUCAUAGUUUGAGGGUGGAUGCACCAUGGGCCAAGGGUCUGGAAGAUCAACAAAAGAAACAAACAAAAACCUAAAAAAAAGAAAAGUAAAAAUGUUUUAAGAAAAAGUGAGAGUGAAAAGACUUCAUUCUAAUUAGACUUUAUAAAGAUAAUUUAAAACACCAACCAUAGUUUCUUUGACUAACUUACAGUGUCUUAUCCCCCCUCUGCCCCUUCAUUCCCUUCAAGGUUUCAUCUGAAAUAGCUUUCCAUAUGUUCUUCACCAUUACAUCCUUCUUUCGCCUUCAAUUCCAUUUUGUCAAAAAAAGAAAAAACAACCAGUCAGAAAUGCUUGUUAGCUUUAUUUACUUAUGCUUUUUUUCUUUUGGCUGUUUAUGUUCUACAAAUGUCUGUCUGUUCUGUAUUUUAAACAAAAUGUGACCUUCAGAUACCACACAUUACAAAGGACAUUUUCUAAAAUAAAACCUAUUCUGACUGCAA